UUUACAGAUUUUACGGGGCUUGGUUCUUCGAUGUACCUUUGUAAUCUUGGGAUCGUCUGGUAUCCACGGCCCUAGUUGAUAGCCAUCCACCGCAGCACGAUGUCACAUCAACCAGAAUUCCCAAUAUCCAAUACAUAAAGGGUCCUUCGCUACCCUUUUGCUUCGUUAACAGCUUUCCUUCUGUUCUUCAACCGUAUAACUUUGCCAAAGUCACUCGUUUAGCUUGCGCAAACACGGCUCGUUUUCACCACGAUCGUUAUAUAUACCUUCGCUCAAUAUUUAUAAUAUCCUCUAAUACCGUAUACUCUUCUGAGCAUAUUUAAUAUUCAAAAUGCGUGGCUUAUAUAUGAGCCUGGGAGCUUUGGCUCUCGGCACUGUCAGUGCUGCACCCAAAAACAUGGUGGAGGAGCGUAACUAUCCGACCUACCCCGAAACCACCCCCAGCGUGCCUGCUGUCCCGGGAUAUCCAACUCUCCCGUCCAGCAAAUCUUCGACCACUGUUGUGUCACCGCCCAGUUCUACCCCUGGAUACCCGACCGUGCCGUCGUCGGCUACGUCUGUCAGCUCUCCCGUUCACUCAUCUAGCACCGUUCCCGGAUAUCCCACAUUUCCCAAGGACACGACCAGCUCGAUAGUGUCCACGACCUCCGCGGUUCACUCCAGCUCCGUUCCGGGGUACCCCACGUAUCCUAAGGACACAACGUCGAGCAUCAUCAUCUCGACGUCCUCGACCUCAGCUGCGUCGUCAUCCAGCUCCGUGUCUACCAGCUCUGUAGUCACUACGUCCGUCCCAGGAUACUCGACAGGCACCACCAGCUCUGUCGUGUCCACAAUCAGCACCGAGUCCGCCUCGACCAGCAGCAAGACCACCCCUGGCUACCCGGUGUACACUCCUCCCACGAGCAGCAAGACCACCAGCACCAAGGUGAUCUCCUCAACCUCGGAGACUUCCCCAGUGAGCUCAACCACCCCUGGCUACCCCGUGUACACCCCUCCCACGAGCAGCAAGACCACCAGCACCAAGGUGAUCUCUUCUACUUCUGAGACUUCCCCAGUGAGCUCCACCACCCCUGGAUACCCAGUAUACACUCCCCCUACCAGCAGCAAGAUCACCAGCAGCACGAUCUCUUCCACUUCGGAGACUUCUGUCGUCAGCUCUACUACUCCUGGCUACCCCGUGUAUACUCCCCCUACCAGCAGCAAGACCACUAGCACCAAGGUGAUCUCCUCUACUUCGGAGACGUCCCCUGUGACGACCCCGACUUACCCUACCGGGCCGUCCAGCAAGAUCAUUUCUUCGACCACUGAGACUUCUCCCGUCGGCUCCACGUCUUCGUGCGAAUCCAGCUCUACCUCCAGCACCAAGGUUAUCUCGUCGACCACUAGCACCAAGGUUAUCUCGUCGACCACCAGCACCAAGGUUAUCUCUUCUACCACUGAGACUUCUCCCGUGACGACCCCGAGUUACCCUACUGGCCCGUCCAGCAAGAUUAUCUCUUCGACCACUGAGACGUCCCCCGUUGGCUCCACUACUCCUGGUUACCCCGUGUACACCCCCCCCACCAGCAGCAAGACCACUAGCACCAAGGUGAUCUCCUCUACUUCGGAGACGUCCCCCGUGACGACCCCGACUUACCCCACCGGGCCGUCCAGCAAGAUUAUCUCUUCGACCACUGAGACUUCUCCUGUCGGCUCCACGUCUUCGUGCGAAUCCAGCUCUACUUCAACCACCAAGGUUGUCUCUUCCACCACUUCCACCAAGGUGAUCUCUUCUACCACUGAGACUUCCCCGGUGACCACCCCCGUGACCACCCCGGUGACCACCCCGUCUUACCCCACGGGCCCGUCCAGCAAGAUCAUUUCUUCGACCACUGAGACUUCUCCCGUCGGCUCCACGUCUUCGUGUGAAUCCAGCUCUACUUCCACCACCAAGGUUAUCUCGUCUACCACCAGCACCAAGGUGAUCUCUUCUACCACUGAGACUUCUCCUGUGACCACCCCGGUGACCACCCCGUCUUACCCUACGGGCCCGUCUAGCAAGAUCAUUUCUUCGACCACCGAGACGUCUCCCGUUGGCUCCACGACCCCUGGCUACCCGGUUUACACCCCGUCUACCAGCACCAAGGUGAUCUCUUCAACCACCGAGACAUCUCCCGUCGGCUCCACUACUACGCCUGGUUACCCCGUGUACACUCCCCCUGCCAGCAGCGAGAUCACCUCUUCGUGCGAGUCCAGCACUACCAGCACCAAGGUCAUCUCUUCGACCUCGGAGACCUCCCCCGUCACCACCCCGUCGUACCCUACCGGCCCGUCCAGCAAGGUCAUUUCCUCCACCUCUGAGACUUCUCCCGUGACCACCCCUGGCUACCCAGUUCAGUCCAUCUCCACCACCGAGUACAAGACCUCCACUCUCUACUCGACCAGGUACCGCACUGUCACCGCCUGCGGACCGGAAGUGCCCAACUGCCCCGGCAAGCCGUACGUCACCUCUGAGAUCGUCGUCUCCACGACCGUCUGCCCCGUGACUCCCACUGGCCCCGUCCCGACCACCACCGUCAAGGUUACUCCUAUCCCGUCCACCCCCGCCUACCCCGUUGAGACCCCCGUCAUCUCUACCACCACCCCGGCUCUCCCCGUGACCACCCCCAACGUGCCCGUCACCUACCCCGGUGUCCCGGCUACCACGCCCGAGGUCCCUACCUCCGCGACCUCAGUCACGAAGCCCGCUCCCCCGCCCACCUACCCGAGCGGCACCGCCGGCACCUCCAGCGGCCUGACCACCUCCACCAAGCCCCCGCCGUACCCCACCGUCGGCACCGCCACCGUCCCCAACACCCCCGUCAGCACCGGCACCGUCCCUAACUCCCCUGCCACCACUGCCCCGGGAUACCCCGCCAUCCCGACGGCUGCUGCCGGCCGUCUGGAGCACGGGUUCGGCGCCAUGGCUGCCGCCGUUGUUGUCGUUGCGCUGCUAUAAAUGACAUAGCUAGCUAGCUUUGGAGGAAGGAGUUUAGAGGUGUGGUGUGGUGUGGUGUGAGGUGAUAUGGAAAGGAAGUAACUGAGUAACACACAUCUGUGGAAGGUUAUGAAGGGAUGAGGCAACUUAUUUUUUAGAAUCGGAGAAAGGAAAAACCAACCAAAGGGGGGGAGGGGCGCGGAAACAAUAUGAGCGCCGCAUUACUUUAUUUUUAAUUUACUUUUUUUUGUUGUUGGUUUGGCUGUCACACUACUCUUCUGUUGUAUAUAUUUAAAUUCAAUUCUUUACACAAAAA